ACCAGCUAAUGACUACAUAGCUACUCUGAUCACAUAGCUUUCCUAUCUCUAAUAAAUAUGCCUCUUAGACUGUUUAGUAGUAGCAACUCUCAGGGGAAGCUAUCCAAGAAGAAAGGCUCCUAUUCCCCCACCCCUCCAGAUGGCAGUACAGUGGUGUACAGGCCUAGGAGUGCUACUCUAGGCCGGCCAGCCAGUAGGAGCAGGAGGCACACAUCACCACCACCACUGGACCAGCUACCUCCUAGUAUACUCAAGAAGGGUCGAGGGAGGUCCAGUACCUCCUACCCUGCACUAGUAGAGGGCAUGACACCUCAGGAGAUGGCUGCAGCAGUCCCCAUGCCACUGGAGAUAGACCUCAAUAAGAUGUUCAUACAACUAGUGGAUGAACUGGGUCUGAGUAGAGAGCUCAUGUUCAAGCUACCCCCUCAGAAAAAAUGGGAGCUCUACCUCUCCAAAAUCAAGGAACAGCAGUCAACAAAGACCGCCAACCCCCAGCCAGAGUAUUUCAUAGACCAGAUUGUUCAACUAACUGCUGUGUUGCACAAUGCCGUGGAGGAGGUUGCCGAUGGUGAUAACAAUCUACGAGUCAUUAACGAGCUCAAAACAUCACUAAGGACGCAGCCAAUUAGUUUUGUACUACGGUUUGUGGAUCAGAAUGGACUAGAGCAAUUCCUCAAUUUCCUCCAGAGCAUGAACGGGGAAGUGCGGCGUAGUCAGCUCCACUUUGCUGUCAUUGGCUGCAUCAAGGCUCUCAUGAACAAUCCAGAGGGGAGAGGUCAUGUGUUGGCACAUCCACGAGGCAUUGUAGUCAUCGCUCAAAGCAUUCGAACAUCCAACAUCAGAACAAAAAUUCUGGCUCUUGAGAUCCUGGGAGCUCUGUGCCUAGUGCCUGGGGGUCACAGGAAGGUGUUGGGGGCAAUGGAUCACUUUCAGAGGUUUGCAAUGGAGAGAGCAAGGUUUCAGACAUUGGUGAUCGAUUUGAUGAGGAGUUUGGACGACAGACAAGACGCAGCCAACCUACAGAUAGCUAUUUUAUCAUUCAUCAAUGUCCUUAUCAACUACAAGGCUGGAGAGGAAAGUUUGGAGUUUCGGAUGCACUUGCGUCAUGAGUUCCUGAACCUUGGUAUACUGCCGAUCAUCAACCGAUUCAAGGCCUUCAACAUUGCACAGCUAAACAAACACCUCGAGAUAUUUGAGUUGGUACGCCUAGAGGACGAGAGAGAGCUCUCCUAUAGACUGGACUGCGUGAACAUAGAGACCAACAGUCUGAGCAGCAUGAUGAAUCUCCUCCAGAGGAAGACAGCUCACACACUGGCCUACUCACAUCUACUCUCCAUUGUCUACCACUGUCUACUCCUGCCACUUGAUGAUCCCCUCUAUGCCAAGUACUGGCACCUGAUUGAUCGUCUUGUACAGCAGGUGGUCCUUCAACAGCAACAUGGGGUGGACCCUGACCACGCCCCUGUACCAAUCGAUGUGGACAAUCUCGUCCAAAAAUUGGCCCAAGAAGAUGAGUUCCUCGCCUUGAGGGCAGAGGCGGGGGAACUACGUAAGGAGAAAGAUGACUAUCGGUUUAAACUACGCAAGAAAGAGUGGGAAUGUGAGUCCAGGGUUAUGGAACGUGACCAGUACAGAACAGCAGUCGACAAACUAAAGCAGAAGCUCAACAGGAAGGGGGCGGAGCUUAACGAGGCCUGGACACGUGAGCAGGAGGUCAUCGACAAGAACACACAGCUCCAGGCAAAGGUCGAGCUGUUGAAGGAGCACAUUCAAAGAUUAGAGAGUGCUCUUAAGGAGGGGAAUAUUGACAACCUUCCUGUACUACCUAGUCUGGAUGUUCCACCACCUGUCAAAGCCCCACCCCCUCCUCCACCUCCCUCACUGCCACCACCACCGCCCCCUCCACCAGCUCCACCAGGUGCUCCUGCUCCCCCUCCUCCUGCCCCGCCCACUCUACAUGGCCACGCCCCCCUCAUCCCAGCGGGUGUACAGUUGCGUAAUAAAGGCCCUAAACCAUCGCAAGCUCUCAAAUCACUCAACUGGAAGAAACUGCCAGACAGCAAAAUCACUCAAAACACAGUCUGGAAGAGUAUGAACAACUCUAAGAUUCAUGCUAUGCUGGAUUUGAAGGACUUUGAGCACACAUUCUCUGUGUACCAGCGUCGUGUGGACCCAGCCGCUGUGGAGCAGAGGGCCUCAAGGACUUCACAGAUAUUUGACCGUCCUAAAGAACUCUCAGUAAUCGAGGGAAGGAGGGCACAAAACUGCACCAUCAUGCUCUCCAAGAUCAAGAUGAGCGACCAUAAGAUACGAAAGGCGAUCAUGACGAUGGACAGUGAUGGCGUCCUCAACAAGGAUAUGGUAGAGCUUAUGGUCAAGUAUGUGCCCACCUCCUCUGAGGUGGAGCUACUCCAGAGCCACUCCCACGAGAGAGACACCUUCGCUAGAGCUGACAAGUUCCUGUUAGAGAUGAGCAGUAUCCCCCGCUAUGCUCAGAGGCUCAAGUCCCUCUACUUCAUGAUGACGAGGGAUGACAGACUGAGUGACCUUCGACCCAGUGUGGAGCACAUCCUACAAGGUUGUAGAGAGCUAUUGGGCAGUCAGAAACUCACCAAGAUACUCGAGAUAGUGCUAGCGUUUGGGAACUACAUGAACAGGGGAAGGAUGGGAAAUGCUGUUGGAUUCAGAUUGGCCAGUUUGAAUAAGAUCACGGACACCAAGUCUAGCUCCUGGGAGGGGAUGACUCUACUCCAUUACCUCGUUAAGACACUGUCGGAGAAGUUCCCAGAUGUUCUGCAUUUGAACUCUGAGCUAACAAGAGUCAAGAGUGCCUCCAAAGUAGAUUUCAAGGACACAGAGAAGGAGUUUUCUGAUCUUCAGUAUGAAUUAUUGGAAGUCCAGAAAGAGCUGAGCUGGCAGAGAGCUCACCCUCCCAAGUCAACCAUUGAGACUGACCUCUUUGUACCCACCAUGACGGGCUUUGUGGAGGCAACAAAGGGAGAGUUCAAUGCCCUACAAGCUCUGAUAACGGAGAUGAAGCUUCAGUAUGAUGAGACUCUACAGUACUUUGGGGAGGACCCUAGUGAUCCGGGCUGCCCUUCCACUGACGAGUUUUUUGGUAUCUUCUCAACCUUUCUUGUCUCCUUCUCAGACGCCCACGCAGAGUUGGCGGCAGCUCAUAAGAGGAAGGAAGAUGAAGUCAAAAGGAAAGAGGAACUGGAGAAAACUCGUGAGAUGACGCUCAGGAGGCGACGUUCUCGACUGAAACUAGAAGCUAACGGCAGCGGGCUCUCCGAGAGGACCUCUGCCCCAGAGUAUGCAGAGAAUGAACUAGAUGACCUUAUAGCUGUGCUCAGGACUGGGGACUACCUCUCCCAUCGUAAGGGACGCUCAUCCUCCAUCAGUUCACACAGGAAGCCGCUAGAGGUCAACAGAGACAGACCACCCUCCAUCAUAGACGGCUCAUUCACUGAGGAACACUCCUGACACUCUAUUACAUGUACUUGUUUGUGUGUGUGUGCACUAAUCGUUGUUCUAUACAUUGCAUUCAUUUUUACUACACUGUGUCAAAUUUGUUUUCUCCUUCACUCAAUAUAAUAAUAAUUAUUAUGAUACAUGAAUUGCACA